AUGGAAGUGAACCAGUUGGAGAUCGAACGUACUUUAAAGGAGACAAUUCGUAUAAAAAGCAAGGCUUUAAAUCUGGAAGGGAAGAGAUUGCUAAGGAUUUCAGACGCUAUCACAGAACUGUUAACGGAGGUGGAAAUACUGAACCUUUCACACAAUGAGCUCGCAAAGUUACCACGUAGUACAAGAAACCUGUCAAACCUUACAAAGCUGAAUUUGAACCACAACAAGCUAACACAGUUCCCUGAAGAUGUUCUCACCCUGAUCAACCUGACGCACUUGUUUAUGAAUGACAAUCAACUCACAACAUUACCGGCAAAUAUGAAAAAUCUUGAAAAACUAGAAGAGCUGGAAUUGAGGAACAACAAAAUGCAAAAACUCUGUAAAUAUAUCGUGGACUUAAAUCAUCUUAAAAAGCUCUCCGUGACAGGUAACCCCUUGACGUUUGAAGAAAUCGGAAGUCUCGUGAUAUUAAUGGAUUUGAAACCACAAAGGAUGUCAAUAGACAUUGCAGUUCCUGUAGAAAUACAAGCGCAAGGAGGAGUUGCAAAGCUGCUCUAUGAAAAAGCGCUGAAGGAGGGAUCCGUGAAUGUUUACCGUGGUAGAGUGUUAUUGGUUGGUCAGGAUCGUGCUGGCAAAACAAGUUUGAAGAAGUCUCUCUUAGGCUUGCCAUUUAACCCUAAAGAACAGAGCACUGAGGGAAUUGAAGUUGAUCCUUCGGUCUUCGAGAUUGAAGUCGAUCAAGUAAAAAACUGGAAUUCCACAAGCGAGAGUAUGCUAAGUCUGGCGGCAUGUUCUAAAGACAUAUCAAGAAUGUUCGUUGAAAAACAACACCAUUGGAUAUUCAGUGAAAUAAAGGAAGAUACGGGAAUGGAAUCAAAGCUAGAACUGACAGGAGAAGAGUCAACCGUGGAGGUGGGCACAAACAGCUCCGACAUGAAUCAGGUUCCUGAAAAUGUUGGCAAGAACUCUCAACAACUCAAUCUCAAGAAUUCAACCACUUCCCCGCCAGAGAGUGAAAUGCGAGUGGAAGCUGUAACAAAGAAUACCGUUGAUGACCUGCCAGAUGACAGCAGUGUAAGUUCAAGUAAAAAUUCAACAUUAAUGAUGCAUGCAACCUCGCCUCCAGAUGACGUCACAAGACAUGCGUAUCUGCGGUUGAGGAACAUGCUUAAAGGCGUGCAUGGUGACGCUGAAAAUGCUGAUGACAAGAGAGAAACCAUAGUUACUGUAGAUUUGUGGGAUUUUGCCGGACAGCACCUGUACUACGCUUCUCACCCUGUGUUCUUGUCAUCACGUGGAGUGUAUGUCCUGGUGCACAACCUCAGCAAGGCACUAGACUCCCCAGCCCAGCCCUGUGUUCGACAAGGAACACGUGAUAAAUCUUUGGAAAACCCAAACAACGAAACAAAUCUGGAGAAUCUGCUGUCAUGGCUGGUAACAAUCCACAGUAUCAGACCAACAGGAGAGGAAAUGGUUGGCAACUCAGGCGGCAUGCUGCCAUAUCUCCGACCUCCAGUGUUUAUUGUUGGCACUCAUGCUGAUAAACCAGUUGAGGAUAUCGAGGCUGCGACAUCAAAAAUACAGCAGGGAAUGUCUGGUAAGGAAUACGAGAAGCAUGUUAUCCGGCCAUUCUUCAGCAUUGACAACACUCUGGGCAAGAAGUCAUUGCUACGCAAGAUCAAGAAAUGGUUUACAGGGCAGGGGAGUGACACUGAUGUUGCUAGUGAUGAUGGAAUUCAUGCUCUUCGAACCAAAAUCAUGGAUGUUUUGAGACAGGAGCCAUACAUGGGGGAGAAGAUACCAGUGAAGUAAAGUGAAAUGACAAGAGAAAGAGAUCUUCACACCUUUACAAUAACAGCAGUUGCACAAGAGGCCUGUAAAAAGGAUUUAAUUUCUAUGAUCUCCCAUUGAGACCUUUUUGGGUUUCUUUGCAACAUAAUUGCUUGUGAAUAUCUCUUUCUUUUUAUAUAUUUCAUUUAUGCCCUUUCGUGCACUUCGUAGUUCUACACGGGGGUAGUGUAGUAUAUUUAGGGUCUGUCUGUCUGUCUAUCUGCCAUCAUUUUUAUCACAUCAUCGCAACUAGUGUUUCCAUUUUCCCUCAAUCUUUUCAUUACUUUUUACUUACCGUAUUUUCUCGGUUAAACGCCGUGUGGCGUUCAUUUCAAACUUGGUCUUGUACGUAGACCCGACAUUUAGUUUUUCCUGCAUUUUUUAGCCUUGGAGUUUAUUAGCAAGGGCUUUUGUAUAUCAUUUCGGACAGAAAUAUAUUUAACCACGAGAGCUUAACCUAGUACUAUGCCUCCAAUAAAUGCUAGAAGGGCUUAUUUAUAACUCUAUCUUAGAGAACCGACAUUUAAUUUAGAAACUAUGGUACUAUCCUGGGAAAGAGGUUUUGGAACGUAUAUACUUUAUAGAUUCAUUGAAAUAUCGAGGAGAUUAUUAACUUAGGCUACAUAAGUGGAGAGAACCAAGGAAAUACCCUUCACUGAAUUUAUUAAAGACGAAAUGCGCGUUUUUAUCGAGAAACUAGGAUUUUUGACGAGCCAUGUCUUAUAUGUGAUUAAACUUAAAAUUUCCAUGAAGUAUUACAUGGGGAUUUUUCAUGGACUUUCUUUCGAAUUUUACAGGGAAAAUAUCCGUAGAAAUCUUUCGAUGGGAAUUUUCCAUUUAUAUGUCAUCUUGAUAACAGCAUUUCCCAAGAUUUUUUUCUGUGAAAUUUUCCUAAGGGAACUAUCAAUUAUCCCUUUCAUGUAAUCUUCGAAGCCCAUGUUUUGGAAUGUCAUCUUUUCUCUUCGGUUAGGAGAUUUCAAUACAGCAUACACUUUACUACCAAACUAUACAAACUCUUGGUUACAAAAAAAAGACGAUUGAAACAGAAAAUUAGUUAGAUUCACUCAGAAUAACUAAAAGCUAAUUGCGUUGAGUGAAAUGAAACAGUAUUAACUAUUUUAUAUGAAGAAGUU